AUGAUUCCUAUCCCUGGAUAUAGCAUGUAUCAGGCGAGGCUACUGCAACACAACACACACCAGUUAAUACCUAUUCGUGUCAGUUGGCGUCGCUUCCCGCGUAGUCUGUUCCAGGCGUUCAAAUAGUAAAACACAGUGAUUGAGUUAAAUCGUACGCGGAGGAAACGAGGGGAGAGUGGGGCGAGAGCGAGGGAACUCUCCCUCUCUAGUCUCUCCCAUUUUUUUUUCCUCGUCAGUUUUUUGACCUCGCUCUAUUAUCUGAACGCCUGGAACAGCUGGCUACUUCUCUCGAGAAGUGACACUUGUGUUGCGUCACAUUUUUAGGAGUUGUUUUCACUAUCGUUCACGCAUUUUCCUCUACCUAACCUACGUUGCUGGCGGGUUUGUCUGGGAGGGGCAGCGGAAAGGAGUGCGAGGAGAGUAGAGUGCUUGCACACGCUUCGCUCGUGCUAUCACGGCUUUACUUCGCUUUUCACGCUUGCUGACCAGUCUAGCUAGGCAUGUAUCAGUAACUGUUAAGAAGAAAGAGACUUAAGACUCUAGAAGCUAAGAUGGUUGUAAAUUUGAAUUAAAUGUUCGCAUCGCGAAAGUCUACUACUGUAUUUUCCAAGCAGAUUUUCCAUCUUUAAGAGCCGUUGGCGCGUGCGAAUCACUACUAGAAAAACAAAAUAUUACAAAAAAAAAACGCUUUGUGAUGUUUGAGCAAGUGAGCUUCUUCCCUGCCUGUGCAAAAUUCGUCCAAGUUUGGCUGAUUUUCACUUAAACCACUGUGACGGGCCGGUCGUACUCGGAGUCGUAAACGGGUUCAUAGGCUUAAAGGGAGGAAUCGGAGUACCAAAACAAGAAUCGGAACGUUUUUAUCUUCCGACUCCGCUUACGACUCCGCCGCUUACAGUGUAGUGAAAACAAAAGGAAUAAACCAAUCACGGUACUCGGUCCCAAACACUGCUUCAUGUUGUGAAAGAUUGAUCUGUCGCUUCUCCUUAGUACAAGUGUGAAAACCUUGUAGUUGUCACUACUGACGUUGUAAGCGACAGAGUCGUAUGCGGAAUCUGACUUCUUUUUCACUUGAUCAUAACGCUUUGCACUUCUAAUUACGACUAGUGAAAACUGGACCAGCCUUAAGAGUUCCCGAAACUAUCCGUUAAUCGGAGUAAAUCUAAGAACUUUGUUCCAGUUUUGUUUCAGCAAGAAUUUAUUACUUCAAACAUCGGCAUUUUUCCUCAGAGACCUCAUGAGAAAAUUACGUUCUACUCAAUUUUUUAUUUAUUUUUUAUCCUGAAGAUAUUUUACCUUCUGGACGAAGACAAGAACUGGGGUUUGAAUAUGUCUGAACCAAAGAAAAAGCUGGAUGGGGCAAGGCCGCACUGUUUACCAAGAGCUCUCGUGCUGAUAAAUCCAGGCAAUCCAGCAGGUACAUUGGAUGUUUAUCAAUUUGUAAUUACGUGCAGUAAUAUUAAUGCAGGUGAUGAUGAUGAUGAUGAUAGCAAUGAUAAUAAAAUUUCUCUAUUUACUCUCAACAUUCUUUUAGCACACAGAUUAUUGCGUUCGAGCUUUCUUUUCACGGGGUGACCCUUAUCAAGGGGUGUUCGUUAUACCAGGGUGUUGUUUUUUCUCCUUUUUUUGAUGAAUUCCUCCUUAUACUGGGAUGUUCAUUAUCUAGGCAGUUGUUAAACUAGGGUGUUCGUUCUAUGGAGAUUCUACGUUAAACCGAGGUGUUCGUUAUAUCAAAGUUUAACUAUAAAAUGUAAACUUGUUCUGUCCUUCGUUUAUCCAUUAACUUUAGUCACGUUUGUUUCUUAUUUAUAUAUAGGUCAGGUGUUGACGUAUGAAGUCAUUCAAGAAGUAAUCAAGUUUUGUGCUAGUGAGAAGUUAGUUUUAUUCGCCGAUGAAGUUUACCAAGACAACGUGUACGCGGAGGGAGCCCAGUUUCACUCGUGCAAAAAAGUCCUCAGGGACCUGGGAGACGAGUAUAGCGGAUUUCAAUUGAUCUCUCUUCAUUCCAGUGCCAAAGGGUACACAGGCGAGUAA